AUGGAAGGCGAAUACGAAACUCGCAGCCUUGUUGCGUCGGAGUGUGGAGCAAGCCGUCGAGCUUCACGAGUGGAAGAAGAUAAAUACACAGAAAGCAAGGUCGAUGAAUACCUUGGUGGCAAGGAGUUACUGUCCCUUGUGGAUAUUGACAACAAAUGGCAAGGGGUGGCUCUGUCUUCGUUGUGCGCCGUUUGCUGUGCGCUCCCCUUCGUUGGGUGUGUGUUCGCACUGGUUUGGCUGUGGAAGUACGGGGUCCGGCAGGACUUCCGCCGUGAAAACUGCUUCGGUGCGGUGAGUGAAGUCUUGUUGUGGCUGAUGGUCUUGGUCAUGCAGUAUGAGAGCACAAAGACUUGCCUAUUGUCAUAUUUUCUGGUAGACCAAGGUCAGCUACCCCUUGCGGCACAAGUGUUUCAGGCCUCGCUAGUCGUACAAGCAUGUUGGAUCGGUUCGCUCUUCUGGCGUAUCUUGGUUGUCGAAGCACUUGAUACCGGCGCCCACGUGUCCAAGCAUAAGCUGAAAGCUCGAAAAGAGUUUCGCAUUGAGAGUUCCCCGUUGACGCGGAAGCCGAAGAAGGUUGCCACUCAUCGUGCCUCAGACUUCUUGAACGUUCUGGGGGUAGAAUCGCAGUUCGAGGCAACUCCCGCUCUGUUUGAGUCCAAGUUGCGUAAAGUGCACAUUCCGUGGUGGCACUAUCUGGUGAUCGCGGCCUCAAGCGUGGCAGCGGCCCUGAUGCCACUCUUUGCCGUUAACUGCAGGCAGGUCAUGUUCAAAGGCUUGUGUAAAGAGGACGUUUUACAGGAUGCCAUCAAGAAUGCCUGUGGCAGAUGGAGUGAGAUUCCCAAAGUGUCCCUGCUGGGAUGGUUCGAGCUACCUUCAGAGGAUCUGCUGUGGAAUGUCUUUGUUGGUGUGGUUUGUGGAGUGCAGUGGUACAAGUUCAUCUCCGGCAUACUUCGAACCACACAGAGCUUUCGGCAGAAUGCCGGCCGGCUGCUUGCCUUCCUUGCCAAGACAGAGCAAGCAAACGUGGACUCCUGGAGCGCAAGAGAAAAGAGGCGACUGAGGAGCCUCACCCUUGCACUCAAGAGUCAUGAGCCGGGAGCCGCAGGUAUCGCGGAUGUGGAGAAUGUAGAGAAUGUAGAGUAUGUGCGGCAAUUCCUGGGUGAGGUUGGCACAUUAGACCUUACCAAGUUGGAGGACGUCCAUACCUGGUGGAGAGUUCGAAGGUUCUUGCAGCUCGACUUCGUGGAUGAAUCGGCCGGCAUGGAUGUUGCUGCAACCACUACAGCGCUUCUGCUCUUCUCCGUCACGAUCGCAGGACUGCUGGACUGGUUCGUACACGACACGCAGUUCACUGCCGGGCUGGCCGGGACGAUCAUUCUGACAGUUGCGCUGACCAUCACCAUGUUCAACAUUCUGGAUGCAUGUAUAGCAAUCAACCAGAUGUUGGAGCGCGACGCACUGAUCCUGACCGACGCCAGAAUCGAUGCCUUGCUAAGCGAGUCGAAGGAGCAAUCGAAGGUGAACUCCUUGCUCGAAGCCUUGCAACGAAAAGUUGAGGCCUUUGAUGAGCAACAGCAGCAUCUGUUCGGCAUCACGAUCACUGCCAACCUGCGGAAUAGCUGGGUGGCGACGCUCUGUGCAACAGGUCUGACCACGGCGUGGCAGAUGUUCCGUCCAGAGGUGAAGGACAUUGCCAUCGACGCAAUCCAGGACAGCUUGGGGCAGCUUCCCGUUCCAGAUUGGUUGGAGACCUUCGCCGUGCAAAAGCUCUUCUGA